GGCCGCAACCAAUGGGUCUCUCCCGUCGCCCUCAACCCGGAGCAGGAAGCCCGCUACCAGGCGUUUAUCCGGGCCAGGACCACGGCGGCUCACAAGCCGCGGCAGGGGAAGGGCCACCUCCCCAAGCGGAUGAUGCCGCGGCCCCAGCGGCAUCGGGGCGUGCCUCCUCAGCCACGAAGGGAGGCAGCGACCGUGGCCGCAGCGGCGGUCGAAGAGGAGGAGGUCGUCUUCGAGGAGGAGUCGGAGGAAGAGACCACUUCUGAUAGUUCCCCGAAGGCCGGCCCAGCCCAGGCCUUGCAGCCCGGCGACACUGAAGCCGAGGAGUCGCCUGCCCAGGCAAAAA